AUGUGGGAUGACGUUGUAGAAGAAGAAACAAAGGCUGCACCAGCCGCUGAUGCAGCCCCAGCUGAGGGUGCAGCACCCACCGAAGGUGCUGCUCCUGCAGAAGGAGCCCCUGCAGAUGGUGCUCCUGUAGCUGAUACCCCAGCACCUCAGAAGCCUGAAGAUGUCAAACCUAAGAGACUUGUCUGUAAACAUUGGGUCAGGCCGAAGUUUUCCACAUACAACUAUCUCUACGAAUACCAAAAGAAUUACUACGAUGACCUGAUUACCUAUAUAGAUAAGCGUAAUAGGGGCCUGCCCGUGGAGAGGCCAAAGCCCCAGACAUGGGGUGAACGGGCCCUCCGCUCUUAUUACUCCCAAAGCUACAACUACGACGUAGCCAGAUCAACAAAACAGGACAGAUAUCUUCUCCAGCACAUUUCUGUUGGAGCAAAGUUCCACCGAGCUCACACCAAGUCCCUUAUCUCUAGGAAGUAUUCUAACCUCGGGUUUAACACAGUUUCUAUCUAG